CCUCUCUGCGGCUAUCACACGGAACGCCUUGUAAGAAACAUGUCGGAGAUGAAGACUUCAAUCGCGUGGCUCUUUUUGUUACUUCUAUCGGGUGGAAAAGUUUAUUGUGCUGCUGGUGAUGACUUUACUGAAACUGUUACUCUAUCAGGUGGGAAAUUUCGCAUGGGUAGUUCGUCUGCUGACCCCAAACGCGGAGAACUAGCGGCCAAGAGUGUUGGGGUGAAACCAUUUGUGAUUGAUAAGUAUCCUGUAACAAACGAAAAUUUUCGGAAGUUUAUCCGCGCCAAGAAAUUCAAGACGGAAGCAGAGAAGUUUGGGUGGAGUUUUGUGUUUCGUACUUUUGUACCGGAAAAAGUGCGAUCGAAGAUCACACAGUCUGUCCCGGGCGCUCCAUGGUGGUUACCCGUACAGCAGGCAUACUGGAGACAGCCAGGAGGUCCAGGUACCUCAAUUAAAGAGAAAUUGUCAUAUCCAGCUGUUCAUAUAAGCUACAAUGAUGCUCAGGCAUAUUGUGAGUGGAUGGGCAAGCGGCUGCCUACAGAGGCUGAGUGGGAGUUUGCUGUUAGAGGAGGCCUCAAAGAGAAAGAGUAUCCAUGGGGAUCAAACUUUCAAGAGGACCGCAUGAACAUCUGGCAGGGAGAAUUUCCUGAUAAAAACUCACAGGAAGAUAGUCACAUUGGCGUAGCUCCUGUAGAUGCCUUUCCUGCACAGAACAAAUUUGGAAUGUAUGAUAUGCUGGGUAAUGCCUGGGAAUGGGUGUCUGACAGAUUUGAAGAUAAAGGACAAGAGAUAAAAUAUGUAUUGAGAGGAGGAUCAUACAUAGAUACUGCAGAUGGUAAACAUAAUCACAAAGUUACUGUCACUACAAGGAUGGGUAACACAGCAGAUGCUGGCUCUGACAACAUCAUGUUUCGUUGUGCUCGGAGAGCUUCCAAGGAUGAACUUUAAUGACAAGUUUGGGGAUUCAAUAGACACAACCAUCAUGAAUAGAUAUGUUGUUAUUAGGUAUUAUUAAAUUAUUGAUUAAAGAAGAAGUGAUUUUUACAAAAAACAGAGAUGCAACCUGUUGUAUGCCUUUGUCAACCAUGCUGAAUAUGACAAACACACUAAUGUCAUUAACUAUCUCCAUUUUGGAUUUGUUGGCGUUUACAUAAUCAUUCAUGACAGAGUGGGUGUGGUGUGGAAUAACAGGAAAAAAAGCAAAGCAAGACUAUGACAAGUACUACAGUUGCUCUUUCAGUCACUGUCAUCUUCCUUUCUGUGAAUUUUGUGGGAUUUCAAUCAGAAGCAGCACUGGUCACUGUGACCAUGACAACUUAAUUAUUUAUGCAUUGUUCAUGUUGAAUUAAUGGCUUCUCACAAUACAAUGACAACAGAAGGUAUAGAUUAUUCAAAAAUACCUUGUAUUGUUCAUCACUGAAAAAUAAGAGUAGAUUCCACUGAAUUUUGAACUGAGUAUAAAUUGUGCCAUUACAGAAAUGUACUUGAUGUUUUAAAAGAGUAGAACAAAAUAAGCACUGUUUUCAAUAGAAUAAAAACCUUAAAGAUGACUUUACAUGUUACAAGUGCUCUGAAGUAUAUGGACAGAGAGAUCAAAAUCAUAACAAAUUUCUUAAAAAAUUAUUUACAAUACUAUUUUUGUAAGUUAUGUUAAGACCUUAAUGAGCAGACAGUACAACGGCUGUAUUAGUUGAAUUUGCAAUGAUGUCAUAUAUCUAACAUUAGAAGAAAAUGAUACUUAAUAUAAAUGAGUCUCGGAAGGGAAAAAGUCAAAGCAACAAUAAUCCCUUUCUGAAAGUUAUUAAAUAAAUAAUAUGGAAUUGUGAUCUUUUUACACCAAGUCAUCUUGCAGAUUUUUAUUUACAAUGUGUCUGAGACUAGUUAGAUUGCAAUACCACAAAACAAAUCACAAAUUCACACUUAAUGUACUUGGUCACUGGUUCAUAAAAAGUGUAUUAAUUACACAACAGUCUUAUUACUAUUCUGUUAGUCAUCAUCAUCUGUGUGUAUAACUUCUUGGGUCCCAGCCUAUAAAGAAGGACAGUUCACCAUGAAUAACUGAGACAUUAACACAACCAUAACAUUGUUUGGUCAAAUAAUUUAAAUUGUCUGAGAUUCACGGUAGAACUUGUUAGAUAAAAAAAUUCAAACUACUCUUUUAUUUCAGCACUUACUGCUAAUGCUUCUUCUUGUCUUCUUUGUUCAUAAAUCUGUGAAUUUGAAAAUAAAUAUGAUAAAGUGAUAAAUCUUUGCUAGGGCUAAUACUAAAAAUUGUACUCCAUAUUGUGUACAUUAGUGUAUGUUUAGUGUUGGUUUCUAUUAAUAGAAAACAGUCAUUAUAAAGCUAAGAUAGAAUUUUAUUUUCAUGUAGCUCCAGUGAUAUGAUGAAUAAAUAAGGGUGAGAGUUACUAACCUCUUCUGCCUCUUGUCUCUCAUCAUCUGUGUACUCAUCUUUGUCCAGCCUUUCCAGUCUCCGUAGACUGAUCAGCACUUCUAUGCGAUAAUCAUCCUCAUCUGACACCGGGCAUUCUACAGGGAUACAAAUACAAUCAUGUAUAUUCUUAACAAAUAUUAUUUGGUGACAUAUGUCAGAUAUAUAUCAACCUUAUUAUAGGAAAUUAAUGAUGCAUGUUAACAAGGUGAAGAAAACCCAAGUUACACAGAAUUAAUGGGAUUUUCAAAAAGUUAGGAUUACAUGCAUCAAAUUAAUGCAAAUUUUUUUUAAAAUGAUCUGCAUGUUACUUUUUUUUACCUGAAUUUGCUGUAAUACAAACAUCUCAAAAUGCAUAUUUAGAGGAAAAAAACAGCAGCAUUUCCAGUCAUUUUUAGCAUUAAUAAAGUGCAUUGUUAAUUUCCUAUAAUGAGGCAUUUCACAGGAAAGAGGAAAAUAUUAAUAUUAUUGUGUUUGAAGACAUAAAAGUAAAAUAUAGAAAACAGUUUUUAUGUUUAAGCAGAGAAAUGAUCCUUAUA